UGCUGUUCUUCUACCUCUCGUCUUCUCUCAUUCAUGCUGCUGGUAACAAAGAAGAGACAACAGGGGCAAGAUAGGUGCUCAGACAACAAGCCAGUCAGAGAAACAAUAAGAAACUGAACCGACUGGUUUGUACAUUGUGGGUAUUUUUUUAUUAACAGUACAUUUAACGACUGUUUUUUUCUCCGCGGGAUGAGUUAAGAUAAAAGUAAAGCUUUCGUUCUGGUUCUACGAUAUGUUGGAUUGCUAUCACUAGAGCCGGGUGACUGAAGAGACACGUCUGAAUAAGAUUGGUGAUAAUGACAUGCUCACAUUGUCCUUCGCCCUCAAAGCCUGACCUCUGAUUGGUCAGGGCUGGUGACUGAAACACACUGUAAGAGAAGACCACCUCCAGCUACCAUGUCUGUCCAGGACCUGUACGAGCGCUCAAUAUCACCUUUACCCCUCAAGCAUGAGGCCAAACCAAAGCCAGAGAUUCCCCCAAAACCGCCAACACAAGCCAGCUCCCUUCCUGCGGGAGAUGGAGGCAGCAGUACGAGCCUCUCUGGAGGGAAAGUCAAACACAUCGUGAGUAAGUUUAGCCAACAGGAGUCAGAGCAACAACCCACCAAUGGUACCCCUGCACCUGCGCGAACUAAAAAGUUCAAAAAGCGGCCUACAAUAAAGCCCAAACCAACCCAUCUGCAGCUGCAGCAAGGGCAGGAGCAGGCGCCGCCGCUGCCUGUGAAGAGGAGCCGCAUCCUGCAGAAGCAGAGCAUGGUGGAAGACGAUCAGGAGAACAGCAUCAGUGUGGCUGGAGACCGAUCAGCACCUGAUGGGAAGGAGGUGGAGAUUCAGCUGACUGUAGGAGAUGAAGCAGAGGCAGAACACAAUCCGGACACAACUUUAAGUCCCUGCUGCGACCCGAGCUGCAGCUGUGUGUGCCACCUCCAGCGACCUGGCAUGAAACUAAUAUGGGUGCCCAUUGAUGUGGAAUACAGUGAAGGAGAGGAGGAAGAGACUGAUGAGGAAGAGCAGAGGGAGGAGGGAGGGGAGGAUGGGGAUGAGCAUGAGGAGGCAGAGCGAGCAGAGGAAGAGGACAGUGAAAGACAGGAUGAGGUGGAUAGUACUUCUGUGGUUGAGGAGAGUGAAGUGUUGAAACAAGAAAAACCCAAGUGUCCCCCAUAUUUGGAUGUCUUGAUCGCUGAGGACCGGAGGAGACGCUCAGACCCAUGCCCUCGCUCUGUCUUAAUCUGUCUUGCUCGCUCUCAGUCUCCCCCUCUUGCCCCCAGAUCCAGAACUCCAAUACCGAGACCCACACCAACAGAAGAAGAAAGUAUUUAUGAGGUCACACUUCCAGUGAUCGACCCCACUUCUCAAAAGGUCACACCCGUGUGUAAGGAACUGGAUAUUCCUCUAAGCAGAGAGCGUAAACUAGCCCGUAGGUCUAAACUGUCCAACAGCUUGUCAGACCCAACAUCCGAGUUUCAGGCAGACAGUGAACCCAUCUCAAAACCCCACGUGCCACCUGCCAUCCCACCAAGGAGGCCUGUGGUUCAAGAUGGCUGCAGCCUCACGCCAGUUCACAGAGGUGGCAUUUCUCUCCUUCCGCCCACCCUGGAGGAUUGCCACGUUUUGCGACCUUCAUCCCCCAACAGCUGCUCUGCCAGCGGGCUGAGUCCCCAGCGAGCCAGCACUCCACCCCUAGCCAACCACCUCCUGCCUCACAGACUCCCACCUCCACCACCAAAGACAGAGCCCAGGCGGCUCAGCAAUGCUUCACUGCAGUCCCUCCCACAGAAAAAGGAAGGAAGGGAAAAUGAAGUGAAUGAAGGAGAGGAGGAGAACUCAGUGGAGGAACUGCGCAUCAGGAAGGAGUCCAGCUGGGAGUCCCGCCUGCAGGACGAGCCUCUGUACCAGACGUACCGCGCCUCUGUCAUCACCAAGGAAAUCCGACGGCAGACAGUUUGUCGUAACAUCAGCAAGACCAGUGUGGACUAUGCUAUGGACCAUAUUGGCCGUCACCAACAGUCUGGUGCUGAAGUUGGGACUGCAACUGGAAACGAACCACGCAAGGGCAGCCCUGUGCCCACUCCUGCACAGAGCACCCUGUGGCAGGACCUCCCGAAUGUACGAGACAGCGGAGUGCUGGAGCAGCUCACCCCUGAGCAGCGCAAGUACCAGGAGAGUAUGUUUGAGGUUUUGACAUCAGAGACUUCAUACCUUCGAUCCCUGCGCGUUCUGACCGAGCACUUCAUGGACAGCAAGGAGCUGGAGGAGACGAUGGUCAUCAGGGACAGGAAACCCCUGUUCUCCAACAUCCUGAGAGUCCAAGAAGUCAGCGAGAGGUUCUUAAAAGACUUGGAGGACCGCAUAUUUGAAGAUCUAGUCUUCUCUGACAUCUGUGAUAUCAUCUUCUACCAUGCCCAGCACAAGUUUCACGCCUACAUCGACUAUGUUCGUAACCAGAUCUACCAGGAGCAGACUUUCACCAGGCUCAUGAAAAACAAUGUGCAGUUCGCAGCAGUCAUCACUCGCCUGCAGGAGUCGCCGCACUGCCAUCGGCUACCCUUCGUGUCCUUUUUGCUGCUGCCCUUCCAGCGAAUAACACGCAUCAAAAUGCUCGUUGAGAACAUCUUGAGGAGGACAAAAGAAGGGACGGAAGCGGAGGAGACUGCCUCCAAGGCGCUGACUUCAGUGUCGAAGAUCAUUGACGAGUGUAACACUCAGGUGGGGAAGAUGAAACAGAUGGAGGAACUGAUUCAUAUCUCUAAAACACUGGAGUUUGACAAACUGAAGGCCAUCCCGAUCAUCAAUCAGAAUCGAUACCUGGAGAAGAAGGGAGAGCUGCAGGAAAUGUCCAAAGGAGGGACUCUCUUCAACAUGAGGGCCAAGUUCAGCCCCGUCUACCUCUUCCUUUUCAACGACCUGCUCAUCAUCACUGUCAAGAAGGGCACGGAGCGUUUUGUGGUUCUCGACCAUGCCCAUCGCUCUCUGGUGCAGGUGCAGCCGCUGCAGGAAAUCGGGAGCGGCGCCAGCCACUAUGAGCACUGCUUCAACCUCACCCUGCUGGAAAACCACCAGGGUCGCAUGAUGGAGAGACUUCUCAAGGCACCUUCCCAAUCAAACAUGCACAGGUGGAUGGCAGCUUUCCCUAACCCCACCAACCCCGACGCAGAGGAAGACGAAGUGAUUUAUGAGGACUGGGACUGCCCUCAGGUGCAGUGUGUGGAACAGUACAUUGCGCAGCAGGCGGACGAGCUCUCCCUGGAACCCACAGACAUCGUCAACGUCAUCCGUAAAACCAACGAGGGCUGGUACGAAGGGAGCCGCCUGUCUGACGGUCAGAAGGGCUGGUUCCCUGUAGCAAGCGCCAUAGAGAUCACCAACGAGCAUGUGAGGAGGCGAAACCUCCUUGAGCGGUACAGAGUCAUUCAGGCUGCGCGCCUAGUUGCCAACAGCAAGGUCCACACUACUUAAUAGGAUCAAUGGAUCACAGAUUUUACAUUCAAUAAAUGGAGACCAGUGAACUUUUUUUUUGCCGAGGGGUCGGUUUCUAGCAAACAGGAAAUGAAAGAUAAAAGGAGAAGGGUGAUGUCACGAGACACCACAUGGAAACUACAAUUAUCACCUCAUUUUUACUGGAAUGCAUGUGCAUGCACUUGGACCAACAAUUACUGGCACAGACACUGUGGUGUUCAUGUACUGACAGAUAAGCAUCUUAUAGCAUUACAGCUGUUUAUUGCACCUCAACUGGUGAGCAUGCAGCCCUGCAAUAACAACUCGUGCAUGGUCACACUGCCAGAAUGCCUUGCCAACCAUUCUAGCCAUUGUUCAGCCAGACUGUGCAAUUAUCAGACCUGCUGCAAAAAUUCUUCCAAGGAAAACCAUCUGUCCAGUGUCAUCAUUUUUAAUACACAAACAAAAACACCUCGAAUGAAGAUUCAAGUGUUUAAAAGGAUUAUAUCUUACCAGAGGACAAACCUACAAAAAAAGUGCGCUGAAUACACUCAAAACACAGAACUACAUGCCUCAACCUCUACUGUAGCAUACCCCAUGUCAAGCUCUACAGCUUUAACAGUGCAUGUAAAUGUAGGCUGAGCUGUACAUUUCAGUGGAAUAAUACUGUAGCGCCCUCUGCAGCUUGUCAGUGAGCACGGGGUAAUAUUUCUGGAUAAACUGUAAUUGGGGGACUGUGGCUCAGGAGGUAGAGCGGGUCAUUUCCUAACCGGAGGAUUAGCGGUUCGAUU